GCUGCAGUCUAAAAGACAGACGCUCCUGUGUUCUCGGAGAUCCACACAUAAACCAGGUAAGAGUUUCAAGGGAAAUCUACUUCUAACGAAUCCUUGCCUUACAGGAAUAACGAACAAAAUGUUGUUGUUUCUUAAUUCAUCCUGUAUUUAAUAGUUUAUAGUCAUGUCUGACACAGAAGACGUAAUGGAUGAGGGAGUUCAGUGAGUAACAGUCUCUUAAUCCGAAGUUUGCAAAACUUUCAAAUUUGAUCAUUUAUUUGCAUGAUUUAUGCAUGAUUUAUUAUUAUAAAAAUGCAUCAUAUUUUCACUUAUAAAUCUUCUGUCUCUGUGUCUGUGUGUUUUAUCCCAUUUUAUAAAAGGGAGGAAGGUAUUGUAUAUUUUAAUAAUAUAAUUUAACCAUUUUUAUUGAUUUUAGUGACUAUUUACAUACAUUUACAUUUGUAUAUAUUGUUUGCGCCAAGUAUAAUUAGUAUACACAUUAUCUAAAUUAGUCAAAAUGUGAAUAUUUGCACUCAGAAAAUAAAUACUGCCUGUACUAAUUAUUAUUUGAAUACCAUUUCGAAGACUUUUUGGAAUUGUUUGUUACUAUUCUCUUUCAAUGCCAUUAAAAACAUCUCUUUCUCCAAUUAUAGUAGAUGACUCAAAGUCCAAACCAAAAUAUCUAUCAAAUAUCCAAGCACCUAAGAUUCCAGAGGGAGAAAAAGUAGAUUUUGAUGACAUCCAAAAAAAGCGUCAAGAAAAGGAUUUAGCAGAACUACAGUCUCUUAUAGAGGCUCAUUUUCUCCAGAGACAGAAAGAUGAAGAGGAACUCAUUGCUCUGGUCAACAGAAUCGAUAAACGGCGAGCCGAAAGAGCCGAGCAGCAGCGAGAGAGAGCGGAGAGAGAGAAAGAGCGUCAGGCCAGACUCGCCGAAGAGAAAGAGAGGAAGGAGCAAGAAGAGCAGAGAAAGAAGCAGGAUGAAGAUGCCAAGAAGAAGAAAGCUCUCACUAAUAUGACCCAUCAGUAUGGCGGCAUACAGCAAAGGGGUGAAGGACGCAAAGGUGCCAAGAAACAGACCGAAAGGGAGAAAAAGAAGAAGAUCCUGGCUGAACGCCGAAAACCACUGACCGUUGAUCAUCUGAGUGACGACAAACUCAAGGAUAAAGCCACUGAGUUGUGGCAGUGGUUGAUGCAGCUGGAAGCAGAAAAAUACGAUCUUAACGAGAGACUGAAGCGCCAGAAAUACGAUAUAAAUCAACUCCUUGCCCGCGUCCAAGAUCACCAGAGUGCCAAAGGACGCGGCAAAGGCAAGAUGGGAGGAAGGCUGAGAUAGACGUUGACAGCACACGAGAGGAAUUUCUGUCCUCCUGUAUUAGCUUUGUUUGAUUAAGAUAUUUUAAAAGUCAUUAUUAUGAACAUACAAAAAUGCUUUGGCUGUACAUUUUUGCUUUGCAACGUCUUGCGUAUUUGUGCCAUGAAUAAACGUUAGCAUUUACUGUUAAGUUUCAGUGUACUCAAUUCAUGUUAAUUAUAUUAAUAAAAUAAAAAUAUAUUUAAUCUGCAGCAUAUUAUAUUAUUAAUAUAUAACAGUAAAUAUAGUUUAUAAUAUUGUAGUGCACCAUAUAAACUGUUAUGUGUGAAAAUUACCCACCUUUUUCAUCUGGUAAGAGUGGGCGCGGACAUUUGUAAAUUUUAUGGGUGUGGCUUCCGGUCUCAUCCGCCUCCAGCUAUUUUUAGCUGUACAGAACAGCUUAUUUUGCUGAUUGGUACUGCAAAUUGGCGUGUCUUACCAUAUUAUUUUAAUGUAUUUUCUUAAUUAUAAACAUUUUAAACAGUUUUACCAUUUA